AUAUUUCACCCUAGGGUUUGACUUGAAUGUUGACUUCUGUCGUCGAUUGUCAUCAAACCAAUUCAUUUAUGGAUUGAAAAUGAAAGUAUUCAUAGGUGUCAUCGUUUUUAUUAUUAUUAUAUCAACUGCUUGCUCAUUGGACAAUGGCUUGGCACUAACUCCUCCCAUGGGCUGGUUGUCAUGGGAACGAUUUAUGUGUAACGUAGAUUGUGACCACGAUCCAGAAAACUGCAUCAGUGAGCGGCUCUAUAAAGACAUGGCAGACCGGAUAGCCCACGAUGGGUUCAAAGAACUGGGGUACGAAUAUAUUAACAUAGACGACUGCUGGAUGGCAAAGCUCAGAAACGCCGAAGGUCAGCUGGUUGCUGAUCCGAAACGCUUCCCUAGCGGCAUCAAGGCGCUGGCCGAUUAUGUUCACUCCAAAGGUUUAAAACUAGGAAUCUACCAAGACUGUGGUAUUUUGACUUGCGCAGGAUAUCCAGGAAGUGCCUUCCACUUUGAAAUAGAUGCACAAACAUUUGCUGACUGGGGUGUGGAUAUGCUAAAACUGGAUGGAUGCUACGCUCUUCCCAUGCUGAUGGAUUCUAUUUAUCCUCGCAUGACAAAAGCGUUGAACAAAACAGAAAGACCCAUCGUAUUUUCUUGCGAAUGGCCAGAUUACCAGCGUGGUGUUGGCCAACACCAGACGAGACAAUG